GAGAUACUGGCAUGUCAAAGGGAGAGAAGGUGGUUGAUGCACAUGCAGAGGGUGGAGCUUAGCAUCAGGCAGUUCCCUCAGUCUUCCGUUCUCCCAUUUUUUCCUCUCUGCCCAUACUCCAUCUGCAGGCUUAUUGAGCUUUUCCCACAGUUUUAGCUCAGCGGCUUAGUCGGACUGCGGCUCCUCUUUGUACCUUUCAUGGACUAUCCUCUUUUUCUCAGCCGUACUACAGGGGCUGUCUUUACACUCCGCCGCGCUCCCUCUCCCCUCUUUGGAGUUGUGGGGGGAGGGGGGGGGGGCUGGGUUUGGGAUCCUAAAUGAGACUAGCGUGUCAUCAUAAGGAGAGAGAAACCCGCUAAAGGUGGCUGGGGGUAAACGGGUUAAGGGGGGGCCGGGGCGGCAGGGAGAAGGAUGGUUAUGCCGGCUCCUCGUGCUGCAGUCGUGCUGCUUGCGUUUCAGGCACAGUCUUGCUUUUCCUCGACAUGAGCCUCGCAGCAAGGGUGUCCUGCUCCAUGCUCAACUGCUUUGGUGAAGAGGGGCCUCCCAGUCUGGAGUACAUCAAGGCCAAGGACUUGUUCCCCCAGAAGGAACUGGUGAAGGAGGAUGAAAGCCUUCAGGUACCAUUCCCAGUUCUCCAGGGGGAAGGAGUGGAAUAUCUUGGCCAUGCUGACGAAGCCAUCAUUGCCAUAUCCAACUACAGACUCCACAUCAAGUUCAAGGACUCUGUCGUCAAUGUGCCGCUCAGGUUGGUAGAAAGUGUGGAAAGCAGAGAUAUGUUCCAGCUGCACAUCAUCUGCAAAGACUCCAAAGUUGUCAGAUGCCACUUUGCAACAUUCAAGCAGUGCCAGGAGUGGGUAAAGCGCCUGAACCGGGCCAUAGCCCACCCGUCCCGGCUGGAGGACCUGUUUGCCCUGGCCUAUCAUGCGUGGUGUCUCGGAGCCAGUGCCGAUGAUGAAGACCAGCACGUUCACCUCUGUCGCCCAGGGGACCAUGUGCGUCACCGGAUGGAAACUGAGGUCAGGAGGAUGGGCUUUGACACGCAGAACGUUUGGAGAGUGUCUGACAUCAACUGCAACUACAAGUUGUGCUCCAGCUACCCGCAGAAGCUCCUGGUUCCGAUCUGGAUCACUGACAAAGAGCUGGAGAGCGUGGCCUCCUUCCGGUCCUGGAAGAGGAUUCCUGUGGUGGUCUUCAGGCAUCAGAAGAACGGGGCGGUGAUAGCUCGCUGCAGCCAGCCUGAGAUCAGCUGGUGGGGCUGGAGGAACACAGAUGACGAGUACCUAGUAACGUCCAUCGCUAAGGCCUGCCACAUGGACACUGGAGCCAAGGGGACAGCACCGAGCAGGCAGAGGGGGGAGGCUGCUGACUCCUGUGACAGUGAUUUUGACUCCUCGCUGACAGGCGGCUCUGGCUGUGAUGACAGCACUGUGCCACAGAAGCUGCUGAUUCUGGACGCUCGCUCCUACACUGCUGCCGUGGCUAACAGAGCCAAGGGUGGAGGCUGUGAAUGCGAAGAGUACUACCCCAACUGUGAGGUAAUGUUUAUGGGAAUGGCCAACAUCCAUGCCAUCCGCAACAGCUUCCAGGCUCUGAGGGCCGUCUGCAGUCAGAUCCCAGAUCCGGGAAACUGGCUGUCGGCUCUUGAGAGCACCCGAUGGCUGCAGCACCUGUCGGUCAUGCUGAAGGCAGCCACUCUGGUGUGUGGGGCGGUGGAACGGGAAGGCCGGCCUGUUCUGGUACACUGUUCAGAUGGCUGGGACCGCACUCCCCAGAUAGUAGCCCUGGCCAAAAUUCUUCUAGACCCCUACUACAGGACGUUAGAGGGUUUUCAGGUGCUUGUGGAGACUGAGUGGCUGGACUAUGGCCAUAAAUUCGGGGACCGGUGUGGCCACCAGGAGAACAUGGACGACGUGAGCGAGCAGUGUCCUGUCUUCCUGCAGUGGUUGGACUGUGUCCACCAGCUGCUCAAGCAGUUCCCCUGCCUCUUUGAGUUCAACGAGGCCUUCCUGGUCAAGUUGGUGCAGCAUACCUACUCCUGUCUUUACGGCACGUUUCUGUGCAACAACGCUCGAGAGAGGGAAGCGAAGAACAUCUACAAACGCACCUGUUCCGUGUGGUCCCUGCUCCGCGCAGGAAACAAGAACUUUCAGAAUUUCCUCUACGUCCCCGGUCAUGAUGUGGUGCUGCAGCCAGUCUGCCAUACCCGGGCCUUACAGCUGUGGACAGCUGUUUACCUGGCCACCUCCUCCCCCUGCACUGCCGUGGAUGACUCUGUGGAGCUCUACCUGCCCCCAUGUGUCACUGGAGAUGAGCUCACCUCCCGCUCGCUGGACAGACUUCCCAAGACUCGCUCCAUGGACAACCUGCUGUCAGCUCUAGAGAACGGGCUGCCUCUCACCCGUACAUCCAGUGACCCUAAUCUGAAUAAGCACUGCCAGGAGGGCCGCUCGGCACCGGAGCCCUUUGUUGCUGUGGAAGAUUCGUCUGCAGACAGCUCUGAGGAAGACGUACCUGAUGGCACCGAGGAGACGCACUCAGCUGAUUUGGGCCUGGACAAGAACCCUAAGGGUGUAACGGGGGCUCAGUGCUCUGAAGAGCCUUGUCUUACCACACAGCCCCUGCCGUCUCCACCCCUUCCCCCUGUCUCCAUCGCUAUGAACAACUCACCCACACACUCACAUGCAGCUUUUACCACUCCUGUCCUCCACCAGGCUUCUCCUCAUAUCACAAACCCUCCACUUCCAUCACCUCCACUGGGAGCUGAAAGUCCAGCUAGGACUGCUAAACCCGCCCCACCCACCCAUAAAUCCGAGCCAUGCCUGCCCCUUUCCUGCAAAAAUACUCAACCUGCAACCAGCACACCCACUUUACUGUCCAAUGGAGACCAUGCUGGCGAGGCAAAUGGGCUCCCACCGUCUGCCACCCUGCUGGCUUUGAAACAGCACUCAGCUAGCAUGGAGGACUCCACUGAGACUCUCACAGAUGAGGGAGAACUCCCCCCCACGUCGCCUUCUCAGUUACCCCAGCAUCCUACUCAGAGCCAUCUCAGUGUUGAGGAUCAGCCACAGAAACAGAAGGAGAGCUUAAGGACAGAAGUGGUGAAGGGAAGAGGGAGGACGUUGACCGACAUAGCAGCUCAUGCGGACUCUGGCCAGGCGGCGCUUCGUCAUCUGACCUCCCAGGGCCAGCCGUCAGACCUGCCUCCACUGGCCUCUCCAUGGGACAGUGUCCAGGGUCUGGUCCAGUCCACCUGCAGUCCCUCUGGGGUCACCCGGGCCCUGCACCCCAGCAACUACCAGAGCCGCCGGCUUGCAGGUAAUCUCCUGCGCUCACACGGCUUCGCUGCUGCCACUGGGUCCCAGUGCUGCAGAAGGGAGGCUCUGUGCUGUUCCAGCAGCUCUGUGCAGGCCGGGUGGCCGGCUGCAGCACGGAGUUCAGCCUACAGCGCCCUCUGCGGCCCAACUCUCAACAGCUACUCCCUGGCAGGCCACCAGCUACUACCAGCAUCAUAUUCCUCCCCGUCGGCUUCCAGCUCCCCUCCCCCGCCCCAGACCCCAGCGUACCUUGAUGAUGAUGGCCUGCCGGUGCCGUUGGAUGCCGUGCAGCAAAGGCUGCGGCAGAUCGAGGCCGGCUACAAGCAGGAGGUGGAGGUGCUGCGGCAGCAGGUGCGACAGCUGCAGAUGAAGCUGGAGAGUAAACAGUUCAGCACCCCACCCUCCGAGCCAGACAUCGACUAUGAGGAUGACAUUACGUGUCUGCGGGAGUCGGACAACAGCAACGAGGAGGAUUCUCUGUCCACCCACAGCGAGGACCGUCUGUCUGAGGGCAGCUGGGAUCGAGUGGAACCCAAGGACACAGAGGUGACGAGGUGGGUCCCCGACCACAUGGCCUCACACUGCUUCAACUGUGAUUGUGAGUUCUGGAUCGCCAAGAGGCGUCACCACUGCAGGAACUGUGGGAACGUGUUCUGUAAAGACUGUUGUCACCUGAAGCUGCCCAUCCCGGACCAGCAGCUGUACGACCCGGUGUUGGUGUGCAACACCUGCCACGACCUGCUCCUGGAGUCCCGCACCCGCGAGAUCCGCAGCCAGCAGCUUAAAAAGGCCAUAGCCACAGCGUCCAGCUGAGAGAGGCACAGCCACACGCGGCUCACCUCUGCUCUGUCCUGCUCGUUUCUGACCAACGAGCAGAGCAACCUGUUGGCAACCUCAACGCGCCACGGAUUUUGGCUACGAGGGGUUGGGUGAGCGUUGAGGAGGAGACGUUUGUCUUUGUGGGGUGACAGUUUUGAAACAUAGAUGCACUUGAGACUAGAAGGUGAUGAAGGUAUGAAGCAGGUUAGCAGGAAGCGGAGGAGGUGACGACGAUGCUGUCUAGAUAAUUUUCAGCCUGGAGUGCUCCUGCUGCGCCCCCACGGUCCAGUCCUUUGACGGCGUCCUGUCUCUGUCCACCCACCUUUGUCCUGAAAGAACUGCGGCACCAUUCUGGCAGACUCUGGCUCGCUCUUCAAAGGACAAUCGCUCAACCUUCAUGUGUCAGUUACUACAAUGCCUCCACCUGUACCACUAGAGGCAACUUUAAAAGAGGAAAAAAAAUGCUGCUACAGUAUUUAAAAGUCUAAUUUUGUAUUUUUAUUUUGUGCACUACUAGCUGUCGUAUUUUGAGGGAGACCAAACUUGAGCAAAAGGGAGAAAUCUGCUGUUUACUUUGCUAAAGCAUCUUAUUGGUUCGGAGCCAGAAUGUAACGUAUGCUGGGAUGACUGGAUCGAUUUCUGUCCUCGCUGGAGUCAUUUAAACGUUUGUUGCUGCAACAUGCUCUUAGACAUUUGUGUAUGCACAGUCGCUGUGGUUCUGUCUUCAUCAUCGCUUUGCUCCACCGCAACUAUUUAGCUAGACGAGGCAUCCUGAAGACCGCUGCUUGUUUUCUGAGACGGUCGCUGAGAGGAGAGUAGGAGGAGGGUGCUAGAGGGAGUCGGGUUUUCAGGGUGCUGGUGGCUUUCCACGACGGUUCCGGAGGAAUGUCCAAAGGUUUGAGCCGAGACUCUUGUCUGAACAUCUCAGCGUCCACAUCAAGCUUGAUGUCUGUCAGAUUGUGAACUGGCAGAAGACUGAAGAGAAUCCCCAGAUUUCUUUUCUUUUUUUUUUUUUUUUUCUGCUGGUGGGGAGGUUGGCCACGUUCUCCUCCACAAAAAAAUGUGUUUUGUGUCUACUGGUUGUUUCUUGAAUCAAUAGUGCCAUAUUUGGUUUUGUCUACAUGGAAAGCCUGUUUUUUUUUUCUUUCUUUUUUUUAUUUUUUUUUAUUUUUCUGGACAAGCAGCAAGUUUCUAAUUGACCACGUCUGUGUAUGAUUUAUUGGUGCAAAUAUUUAGCUGCUUAACACUGAUUCAAAUUAAGAUUAACAAAUUGUUGAGUUUAGAAAAAGACAAUGAUUGGAGAUUACUGAAAUAGCAAACCUUUGAGGUUAACCAUUGUUUAAUGCUUGGGAUGUUUUUUGCACGAUAUCGAUGAAGUUGAAAUUUUCACGAUAAGAUCAAAGGUGUAACAAACUGUUAUCUGAUCAGUAGUGGUGGCUAAAUCCCGUUACCUAAUAAUUGUUGUAAAGAAGAUGCACUGUAAAACUGAAAUCCCAUGAGUUGAAAUAAACCAUAUCAACUAUCA